GGCCCUUCUGCAAUGUUCAAUCCCGACCCCAAGAAGCCGAUCGGUGGCAACAUCAUCGCACACGCCAGCACGACGAGAAUCAGCCUGAAAAAAGGCCGGGGCGAGACGAGAAUUGCAAAGAUUUACGAUAGCCCGUGCUUGCCAGAGGGCGAUUGCCUGUUCGCCAUCAACGAGGACGGCAUUGGCGACCCGAAUCCGAAAGAUUUGGAGAAGGAGUAGAGGAUGAGCUGACUUGAGGCUGUAGCUGUCCUCGUCUCCGGAGCUUGAAAAUGUUUGCUUUGACAUGACUGUUUCAUGAUGCAUGGCAGGUGGUUAUGGAGCAACCGCGAUACAGCAUAGGAGGUUCUGUUGGUCUUCGGAGUUAGCUAGGUUAUGAAUAAUGGGCUGGAGUUAGAUGGUAGCUGUUUGUUUGUGGCAUACUCAAUUCAUGUCUAAGUCG